AUGAAAGAUGUAGUAAGUCUUACAGUAGUUACUAUUUCUUCUUUAGCAAAUGUUAGAAUGCAGAUGAAGAAUCAGUCCAAUUGGAAGGGACGGCUCUACCCGGCCUAUAGUUUGAGCGGCAGCGAGGGUGAGGAAAAUUCGCCAAGUCUGCGAAGUCGCACUUCCGGCUACCCUCCGAACAAUCACCAGACCACGCAGUCACAUCUAAAUCACUACAACGCCAGUCAGCAUAAACAACGUGCAUAUCAACAACAACAACAGCAUCCCUUGUAUCAUAUGCCCAGCACUGGUGCUGGACUCAGUGACACACCGACUUCCGGAAACGCAUCCGACGAAACACUCACCGACAGCGACCUAAUCACUGUUGCCCGUGACUCUGCUCUGCUCGUUCAUAACGGUAAGUAG